GCGGGCCGGGGGACAGAGCUUCCUCCUCCGGGCGCGGGUGCAGCGCCGCCCCGCAGGUCCUUCCGCUCCCUGCCUCCGCGGUCCGGAGGCCAGCGGAAGGUUCGCGGAGAGCCAGGUCCCGCGACGCGGUCGCCGGCGAGGGCCAUGUCGCUGUGGGGGGAGCCGCUACAGGCCCCGCCGCCCCCGGCCUCGCAGCCGCCUCUCGGCGCGCCCUCGGGGCCGCCGUUCGCCCCUCUGGCCGGCGCGACCCUGAACCGCCUGCGGGAGCCUCUGCUGAGGAGGCUCAGCGAGAGCUUGGACAGGGCGCCCGAGGGCCGGGGCUGGAGGAGGCUGGCCGAGGUGGCGGGCAGUCGGGGGCGCCUCCGGCUCAGUUGUCUGGACCUGGAGCAGUGUUCGCUUAAGGUGUUGGAGCCUGAAGGAAGCCCGAGCCUGUGUUUACUGAAGUUAAUGGGUGAGAAAGGUUGUACAGUCACAGACCUGAGUGACUUCCUGCAGGCCAUGGAGCACACUGAAGUCCUCCAGCUCCUCAGCCCUCCAGGAAUAAAGAUUACUGUGAACCCAGAAUCCAAGGCAGUCUUGGCAGGACAGUUGGUGAAGCUGUGUUGCAGAGCAACUGGACAUCCUUUUGUACAAUAUCAGUGGUUCAAAAUGAAUAAAGAGAUUCCAUACGGAAAUGCCUCAGAACUUAUCUUUAACAAAGUGCAGGUAAAAGAUGCAGGCUUUUAUGUCUGUCGAGUUAAUAAUAGCUUCGCGUUUGAAUUCAGCCAGUGGUCACAGCUGGAUGUUUGUGAUAUCUCGGAAGUAACAGAAAGCUCCCAAAGAAGUGUGGAUGGCGUCUCUGAGUGCACAUUGCAAAUCUGUGUGGAGCCAAGAUCCCAAAGGCUGUUGCCAGGCAGCACAUUGGUUCUGCAGUGUAUUGCUGUGGGAAGCCCCAUUCCUCACUAUCAGUGGUACAAAAAUGAAUCACCGUUAACACAUGAGACAAAGAAGCUCUACAUGGUGCCUUAUGUGGACUUGGAGCAUCAGGGAACCUAUUGGUGUCGUGUGUAUAAUGAACGGGACAGUCAAGAUAGCAGAAGGGCGGAAGUCAUCAUUGGAACAACAAAUGAGGCAGUGGAGUGCACUGAAGAUGAAUUAAAUAAUCUUGGGCAUCCUGAUAAUAAAGAUCAGACCACUGACCAAACUUUGGCCAAAGACAAGGUUGCUCUGUUGAUAGGAAAUAUGAAUUACAGGGAGCACCCCAAGCUGAAAGCUCCUUUGGUGGAUGUGUACGAGUUGACCAACUUACUGAGACAGCUGGACUUCAAAGUCGUCUCCCUGUUGGAUCUCACUGAAUACGAGAUGCGUAAUGCAGUGGAUGAGUUUUUGCUACUCUUAGACAAAGGCGUGUAUGGGUUGUUAUAUUAUGCAGGGCAUGGAUAUGAAAACUUUGGGAACAGCUUUAUGGUCCCUGUCGAUGCGCCAAAUCCAUACAGGUCUGAAAACUGCCUGUGUGUACAGAACAUAUUGAAGUUAAUGCAAGAAAAGGAAACUGGACUCAAUGUGUUUUUGUUGGAUAUGUGUAGGAAAAGAAAUGACUACGAUGACACUAUUCCAAUCUUGGAUGCGCUGAAAGUCACUGCCAAUAUCGUAUUUGGAUAUGCCACGUGUCAAGGAGCAGAAGCUUUUGAAAUCCAGCAUUCUGGAUUGGCAAAUGGAAUCUUCAUGAAAUUUUUAAAAGAUAGAUUAUUAGAAGACAAGAAAAUCACUGUGCUACUAGAUGAAGUUGCAGAAGACAUGGGCAAAUGUCGUCUUACCAAGGGCAAGCAGGCGCUGGAGAUCCGGAGCAGCUUGUCUGAGAAGAGGGCGCUGACCGACCCGAUCCAGGGGGCGGCCUGCUCUGCCGAGGCUCUGGUGCGGAACCUGCAGUGGGCCAAGGCGCACGAACUUCCAGAAAGCAUGUGUCUUAAAUUCCACUGUGGUGUUCAGAUCCAGUUAGGAUUUGCAGCGGAGUUUUCCAAUGUCAUGAUAAUCUAUACGAGUGUGGUCCACAAGCCGCCUGAGGUCAUCAUGUGUGAUGCCUACGUCACCGAUUUCCCACUUGAUCUAGAUAUUGACCCAAAAGAUGCAAAUAAAGCAACUCCUGAAGAAACGGGCAGCUACCUGGUGUCUAAGGACCUUCCCCAACACUGCCUCUACACCAGGCUCGGCUCCCUGCAGAAGCUGAAGGAGCAGCUCGUCUUCACGGUGUGUUUGUCGUACCAGUACUCGGGGCUGGAAGACACGGUGGAGGAGAAGCAGGAGGUGAAUGUCGGGAAGCCCCUCAUUGCCAAGCUGGACAUGCACCGAGCGCUGGGCAGGAAGGCGUGCUUUCAGACCUGUCUGGCACCCAGCAGCCCCUAUGUGAGCUCGGCAGCCAGCUCGGGGGCAGCGGGCCGUUACCACUCCUCUCAGGACUCGUUCCCUGGUGUCUACCACUCACACCUGGCUGACUCGGACCCCAUGCUGCCGGCCGACGGGUGCCACUGCCGCCAUACACAGGAUGCCUUCAUUGCCAGUUACCAUACCCACCACUAUUCCUGCCAGUUCAAUAGAAGCAACGUGCCCGUGGAGACGACCGAUGAGAUACCAUUCAGUUUCUCUGACAGGCUCAGGAUUUCUGAAAAGUGACCCGUGUUGGAGAGCUAACCCAGUACUAGAUACACCCGUGAAAUCAUGUGUAUGUAACGAAGGCACUGUGAAGAGACUGAUGUGUGUAGCUAAGAAACAUUAGUAACAAUUGUUUCACACUGGACCUGGGACUUUGAGAUGUUGGAAUGACACAGUUACCCAGAGUCCUUCUUGUUCUCUUGUUUGUGAUCAGUGAAUUAUGAAUCUGAGUGAAAGGGUCAGUGCUGUUCAGUGUUUGAAGAAGAGUUUGUGCUGAUGGUGCUAGAAGGAGUUAGUUACCUGCUGCCAGGUCCUCAUCUCUCCACCUGCCUGAUUACAGAUGUGUCACCAAACCUAAAUGCAAGAACUGACAUUCCGCCAAGAGAAAAGAAAUGAGCAGUGUCUCCAGUAAUCCCAAAAGCACAAGUAAGCAAAGGUAAAAACAAGAUAAGGACUUCAUCAAAAUGAACCGUUUUGCCUUAAGAGACAGAGUUAAGGAUCUGGGGCAGCGAUGUAAU